UUUUAUAUUUCUUCUAGUUACAUUUUCGUAAUCAUUUAUGAUAAAUAAGCUUUUCAAAAUAUGUUUUUCAUACGUGCACUAUCCAGGAAAGAGGUUUAUAUAGCAUUUUCCGGAGAGAGACCGUUAAUUACAGAGACUGACAAGAGACAGUAAACGCGUCAUGACGUCUAAACUGUGCGACGCACGUGUGCGUGAAGUAAAAGAGGCGAUGGCGACGGACAGGCUUCAAUUUCACGAAAUGGGUCUUGACGACCGUCUUUUAAAGGCGGUGGCAGAUCUGGGUUGGUCCCAGCCUACUUUGAUCCAGGAGAAGGCCAUCCCUCUGGCUCUGGAGGGCAAAGACCUUCUGGCUCGGGCCCGGACCGGCUCGGGGAAGACUGCUGCUUAUGCCGUGCCCGUCAUCCAGCGGAUCCUGGCCUCUAAAUUGACAGUCCGUGAGCAGGAUGUAAGAGCUCUGAUCCUGGUUCCCACCAAAGAACUGGGCCACCAGGUGCGGACUAUGAUGAAAGAGUUGAUGGCGUACUGCUCAAGGGAUGUCCGUGUGGCAGACAUUUCUGGCAGAGCGGACGUUUCCGCACAAAGGCCCAUCCUGAUGGAGAAGCCCGACGUGGUGGUGGGGACGCCGUCACGUGUGCUGGCCCACCUCAAAGCACAAAACCUCGUCUUGCAGUCCUCGCUGGAGAUGCUGGUGGUGGAUGAGGCCGACCUGCUCUUCUCCUUUGGCUUUGAGGACGACCUGAAGAACCUGUUGUGCCACUUGCCGAAGAUCUACCAGUCCUUCCUCAUGUCGGCGACCUUCAGUGAGGAUGUCCAAACCUUAAAGGAGCUCCUCCUGCAUAAUCCUGUGACUCUGAAGCUGCAAGGCUCCCAGCUGCCAGACGCCAGCCAGCUGCAGCAGUACAGCAUCAAGUGCGAGGAGGAGGACAAGUUCCUGCUCAUCUACACGCUGCUCAAGCUGCGGCUGGUGCAGGGCAAGUCGCUGAUCUUCGUGAGCGACGUGAGCCGAUGCUACCGCCUCAAGCUCUUCCUGGAGCAGUUCAGCAUUCCCACCUGCGUGCUCAACUCGGAGUUGCCCGUCCAGUCCAGGUGUCACAUCAUCACACAGUUCAAUCAAGGCUUCUACGACUACAUCAUCGCCACAGACGAGCGCAGCCUGGCCGACCCUGGCGCGACGCUGCCGCCUGCAGGCUCAGGCAAGCGGAAGAAGAAGGCGGGAAACCAUCGAGAUAAGGAAUACGGCGUCUCCAGAGGCGUGGACUUCCAAAACGUGGACAACGUCAUCAACUUUGAUUUCCCCCCCACCGUCGAGUCCUACAUCCAUCGAGUUGGAAGGACGGCGAGAGCGGAAAAAUCCGGCACCGCCUUGUCCUUCAUCUGUCACUCCGAGCUGACUCUGCUCAAGGAGGUGGAGGAGAUGCUGACAGGAGAUAAUGCCGAAUCGGCCCUGACGCCGUAUCAGUUCAAGAUGGAGGCCAUCGAGGGCUUCAGGUACAGGUGCAGGGUGAGUGCCGCAGGGUGGACUCGUGCAUCGAAGCAGACAUGUGAAGCUCAUGUGGUCGUGCUGGCGUGUUCCCUGACACAGGAUGCCAUGCGCUCCGUGACCAAGCAGGCGGUGAGGGAAGCCAGACUCAAGGAGAUCAAACAGGAGCUGCUCAACUCCGAGAAGCUGAAGACAUACUUUGAGGACAACCCCAGAGACCUGCAGCUCCUCAGACACGACAAAGAUCUCCACCCCGCCGUCAUCAAGCCUCACCUGAAGAACGUCCCUGAUUACCUCAUUCCUGAAGCUCUGAGGGGGAUCGCCAAUCCUCUGUCCAACCGGAGGAAGAGGAGGAAGAGGGAAAAGUCCAAAGUGAAUGAAGUCACGAAGAGAAAUUUCAAGAACGUCCAGGGGAAGAACCCUCUGAGGAGCUUCCGCUACACAAGGAAGGCAACACCAAAGUCAUGAAGAACUUGAUGAGACCCCCCCCC